AUGACAAUCAGACGUGCUCCAGGAGUAAUUACUUGGGAAAACCUAGCCCGUUUGAUUCAGCGUGGUGUUAGGAGACAAAGAGGACGAAUGGCCGGUUUUUCUUUAUUCAUCUCAAACAACACACAGAUACAGGACAGCCAUCUCUGCUACAAAGACGGAAAUGAAUUGCCUCCCUUGAACUUUAGUACAAUGUGCCCUAAAUAUGGUCGUUAUGUUUUCUUUUAUAAUGAACGAUCAAAGGGAGUGAAAUACCCAGAUGACUACCAAGUUUUAACUCUUUUAGAACUAUGUAACGUCGUUGUUGAUGGAUGUGAAUCAGGAAUAUAUGGAAAUAACUGCAGCUUAAAAUGUCCAGUCAAAUGCCUGGAACAUACCUGUGACAUUGAAAGUGGUAAUUGUUUCGAGUGUAUGGCAGGAUGGUGGGGAUCAAAAUGCCAGGAAGAAUGCAGAGAUGGUACAUAUGGUUUAAGAUGUAGAUACAAGUGUGGACACUGUUUAAAUGGGACACCUUGUGACAAGGAGACGGGAAGCUGUGGGACAGAAUGUGAUCCUGGCUAUCUUGGAGACCUUUGCAAUAAAUCGUGUGAAAAUGGGAGUUACGGACAAAGUUGUAAAUACACCUGUGGACACUGUUUCAAUGGAGGGCCCUGUGAUAGGUUUACAGGGUUGUGUAACACAGAAUGUGACAAUGGGUAUUUUGGAGAAAAGUGUAAACAGAUCUGUGGACACUGCUUUAAUGGAGCACCCUGUAACUGGUCUACGGGAAUGUGCAACACUGGGUGUGAUCCCGGGUAUUUCGGAGAAAAUUGCAAAAACACCUGCGGAUUCUGUUUAAAUGGAACGCACUGUGAUGGGAUGACAGGAAAGUGUAAUACAGUUUGUGACCCUGGGUAUUCCGGAGAAAGAUGUAAAGAAGAGUGUUCACCAGGAAUGUUUGGGAAGAAUUGCAGUUUUUACUGCAGUGAUCACUGUUCACACCAGAGUUGCUAUAAUACGAAUGGGAGUUGUAAACGUGGAUGUAUUCCAGGUUACAAAGGAAACAACUGCGAAGACGUUUGUGAACCUGGAUUCUACGGUACAAAUUGCAGUGAGGUAUGUUCCUUCAGAUGUCUAAAAUCUUGUAACCACAUUGAUGGCUUUUGUAGAUGUACCGCUGGAUGGAAGGGUCCCCCAACAUGUGCCACAGAGUGUCCUCCAAACUUUUUUGGCAUUGACUGCCGACACCUGUGUAGUGAUCACUGCAGUAACAAUGAUACCUGUAAUAGGUAUGACGGAACGUGUGACGGCGGGUGUCAAGAACCAUUUAUUGGUCGUAUCUGUGACCAUCAAAAUUUUACCGAGUAUCAGGAAGUAAGAAUAUGUAUUUAUAAACCCCUUUCUACUGCGUGGAUUGCAGGAAUGACUGUUUCCCUUACAUCAAAUUUAUUUGCCAUUUCCAUCAUCAUUUUUGAAAUAAGACACUGUCAACUAAACGCAAAAGCAAACAAAAGACCAGAAAAGUAUAUCACAAUGACAGAUUCAAGGACUUUGGAUAAUGAUAACACAACUCAUCAAUAUGAAGAAAUAAUUGACCCUACAAAUUAGGAAUUCUUGAAAAU